AUGGAGUCCUCUUCUACCUCCCCAGCACCUCUCGAGUCCCAAACCUUCACCACCAUGGACAAAGAUCUCGAAGCGAUCGGUGCCCACUGUCAGUACACCUACUGCAACCAACUCGAUUUCCUCCCUUUCCGCUGCGAAUCCUGUAAAGGCACCUACUGCCUCAACCAUCGCACUGAAACAGCUCACAAAUGCCCUCGCGCCGGCGAGUGGGCGGCCGCAAGGCGGAAAGCUGCUGCGCUUUCUUCAACUACAAAUAGUGCUAUUCCGGGCAAGCCGACCCUCUUGACUGCUUCGCAGUGUUCGCAUCCAAGCUGUAAGACCUAUAUCAAUACACUCAAUUCCGUUGGCGUUGGCUGUCCGACUUGUAACCGGCAAUACUGUCUCAAACACCGCUUGAAGGAAGAUCACAGUUGUUCCAAACUUAUACCCAUCGGUGCGCGACCCUCGAGCGGUCCCACACAAGCUGAAAAAGCAAAGGCAGCUUUCGGUCGAUUACGAGUCUGGGGAAAGGAAAAGCAAGCGGCUGUUCUACCGAAGCCCAAACCGUCGACCGCAGCUAGUCGAAUCAUAGCAGUGAACGCGUUGAAGCGGACGGCAAAAGGUGAUGCGAAAGUGCCGAUGGAUAAGAGAAUAUAUCUGUAUGUUGAAGCUGAAGCGAACACGACAAGCAGCAAAUUGCCGAAGGGCGAAUACUGGUACAGUAAGGACUGGAGUGUGGGCAGGGUGUUAGAUGCCGCGGCGAAAAGCCUACAAGUGGAGAAUGUAAAUAACAGAGGAGGCGGAGAGGAGGAACGAUUGAGGGUAUUCCAUGUGGAGCAUGGACGACUGCUGGAGUUUGGAGAGAAGACUGGGGAUGUUUGCGUGAAUGGAAAUACGGUCGUUCUGCUGCGUGGGGUGGGCCCUGCGGAGACCGACUGA